CUAUAAAAUAAUGAAUAUAGUAUUUAAAAUAUAAUCUCAGAGAAGGCACAUGAAGCAGUAUAUCUCGCAUCCCUUUUAGCACGUGAAACAAUAAUCUUAUAGCAUAUAUUGUUUAUAGAAAAUACAUCUUUGUGUUUGUGUUUUUAUGUAUACAUGGUGUCUUUUAUUGACUUUAUUUUUUGUCUGCUGCAGAUGGAGCGGCCAUGCGAGCUGGUGUUCAGACUGGGGACAGGAUCAUUAAGGUUAACGGGACCUUGGUAACACAUUCGAACCAUGUAGAGGUGGUCAAGCUGAUCAAAUCGGGCUCCUAUGUGGCCUUGACAGUAUUGGGGCGUCCCCCGGGGCUCCCCCAGAUUCCCCUGACGGAGGCGGAGGCCGAGCUGUCGUCCCUGGGGGGGUCGCCCCUCUCCACCCCCCUCAUGGGUGGGGACCGCCCCUUCAGCCCCUCCGAGCCCCCCACGUCACCCCUCCACGCCUGGGAAGAGAUCAGCAACAGUGGUGGCGUUGGCAGCUCCGUCGGCGGCUCUCACAGCCAAAAGGUCGACAUCUUGCAGAGGAUGUUGUCCAAGGAGCAGCAGGAGUUACAGGCGUUGCGUCAGGAGUAUCUGCGUAACCCCAGCUCUAAGCUGCAGCGGGACAUCCAGGACGUCCAGAAGAACAUUCCACACCUACAGGACCAGAUCAGCAGGGCCAUCUCCCACACACAGGAUCCUGUGUGUUUGGGUGACGGUGAUGAAAGCGGAGUUGUUGAAUGGGACCAUGGAAGCAGCACGGAUGGGGGAUGGAGUACAAAUCCAAGCUAUCGACCAUACAGCUCUCCAGAAGGGGCGGGAUCUAGAGAUGGGAACCAACCAAUCAGCUUGCGAGACUCCGCUUUGACAGACAGCCCUCGCAGCCAACCCCGACACAGCCAUGCGUCAUGGACCUCACAAGAGGGGGAUCACCCAGAAGAACACACAGACCUGGACUCUGGUGCAGUGUUAAGCCCCUCCUCUCGGCUCUGUCCCCAGAUCAUCGGGGCAGAGGAUGACUACUUCGACUCGGAGCCAGACCAGCAGGUGAAUGGCCAGUGUAGUUGUUUCCAGAGUAUGGACCUGCUGAAGUCUCGACCGGCUCAUCUGGCCGCCUUCCUGCAUCACGUAGUGUCCCAGUUUGACCCAACACCACUGCUCUGCUACCUGUAUGCUGAGCUCUAUAAGCAGACCAACUCCAAAGAAACACGAAGGGUCUUCAUGGACUUCUUGACCAUCUUUAUCGACAGGGGAGCAAACUUGAAGGUGCCAGUCCCAGAAUCUAUAGCGUCAGAACUUGAGAAGAGGCGUCCGGAGCUGAUCCCCGAGGAGCUGCAUAGGCAGUACAUACAGCAGAUGCAGGAGAGCCUGCUGCCGGACAUACAGCGCCAUCUGGAGGACUUCAGGCAGAAGCGCAGUAUGGGUCUGACGUUGGCGGACGGGGAGCUGACGCGUCUGGACACGGAGCGGCUGAGAGACCGAGUGGCACUGGAGAGGGAGAGGACCUGCGCUGAGAACAUCCUCAGCAAGAUAGAGGACGUGCUGGUAACCUCACAAUCCUCGGAGGAAGAAAAGAGCUCCACUAUGCAGUAUGUGAUCCUGAACUACAUGAAGCAGCUGGGCGUGCGUGUGAAGGAGCAGCCCAAUCUGCAGUCCAGGAGAGUACGCAUCAACUUCCUGCCCAAGAUCAAAAAGAGUGCCAAGCCCCCCGAGAAGGAGGGAGAGGAGAAGGAGAAAGAGAAAGAGAAGGAGAAGGUGGAGAAGGUGAAGAAGACUCGAUUUCCCAGCAUCCUCGGCCCCCAGAGGAGACUAAGUCGCAAUGAUGCAACCUCAAUAGGCCGUGCUAUGGACCAGAGCAAGCGGCCCCAGAAGCAGCUGUCGCAGCCCUCCAUGGGCGUGUCCGAACCUUCGGAGGCGGGUCGUCUGCGAGGCAGCCAAUCGAGCGAGGGCUCGGAGCUGACCUACCCCCCCGGCCCCGCCGGCUCCCCCCUCUACAACUCCCCCACGGGCGGAACCGCAGACCCCAACGCCAGGGACUCAGAUGGCGGCAUGUCCACUCCUGGGGGGUCUCGUCUGAGCGAGGGGGGGCUGCCAUCAGAUGGCCUGGACGGCUCAUCAUCGCCCCCCAGUGGCGGCAUCGACCUCAGCCCCAGCACCCUGGAACAGCUCACCGAGGAAGACCGCGACAGCGACAGGUAUCUGGAGGGAGGGACGCCUAAGCUGCUAAGGAGGCUGGGUGUGACGGGUUCGGCGGAGACCCAGAGUGAGGAUGACCAGGGUUCCGAAUCGGACCUGGACCGACCCAACUGGCAGCAGCAGGUCAGCAGAGAGGUGCUGGCCUCCCUCACACAGCUGCAGGUCAAGAGGCAGGAGGUUAUCAACGAACUGUUCCACACGGAGCGAAGCCACGUACGCAAGCUGAAGGUUCUGGACUCAGUUUUCCAGCAGAAACUGACGCGAGACAACAUACUUCCCCCCGCUGACGUCAAGACCAUCUUCGCUAACCUGGAGGACGUCGUACAGACUCACGUCUCCAUCCUGGACCAGAUGACCUCCAUCAGGAAGAGGAAUGAGAGCCUGGUGGUGGACCGGAUAGGGGACGACCUGCUCAGCUUGUUUGGUGGUGGUGAGGAGGAGCGGAUCAGGGGGGCGGUGGCCACCUUCUGCAGUAACCAGCCCUUUGCUCUGGAGCUCAUCAAGACCAAGCAGAAGAAAGACACACGCUUCAGCUCCUUCAUGCAGGAGGCUGAGAGCAAUCGACUGUGUCGGCGUCUCCAACUGAAGGACAUCAUCCCCUCUGAGAUGCAGAGGCUGACCAAAUACCCCCUACUGCUGGACAACAUCAGCAAAUACACAGAGGAGGCAGAUGAGAGGGAGAAGGUGCGUCGGGCGGCAGACUGCUGCCGGAGAAUCCUGAGCUGCGUCGACCAAUCAGUGAAGGAGGCGGAGAACAAGCAGCGGCUGGAGGAGUACCAACGGAGACUGGACCUCUCCUCCCUCAAGCAGAGCGAAAACACACUCAUAGCAGACUACAAGAAUCUGGACCUGACCAAGAAGAAGAUGGUGCAUGAAGGACCUCUCUCAUGGAAGGUGAACAAAGACAAGACCAUCGAGCUCUAUACUCUCCUACUGGAGGACAUCUUGGUUCUGCUCCAGAAGCAGGACGAGCGGCUGGUUCUCAAGUGCCACAGCAAGAACCUGGCCGGAACCGCCGACACCAAGCACAUCUUCAGCCCCGUCAUCAAGCUCAGCACCGUCAUGGUCCGCUCUGUAGCCACAGAUAACAGGUCCUUCUUUGUGCUGUCCAUGUCCGACAACGGGGCUCAGAUCUACGAGCUAAUGGCCCAGACCGUCUCCGACCAGAGGACGUGGCAGUGUAAGAUCAGCCAGAGAGCGGAGGCCAUGAAAGUGAAGCCCCACAGUGUCAUCCCUCUCCCACAGCCAGACAGCGGUGCGGAGCUGAUCACCCCUAGUGGUAAGGUGAGGAAGGACGCUGACCGCCUGUCUUCAGGCAGUCUCCACUCUACAGGCACGAUGAAGGCAGAUGAGGAUGAGGAGGCCAUUCCGGAGGAGGGGACGUACCUGGAGGGGGCUGAUGGGAUAGGGUUCCUCCAGCAGCAGCAGCAGCAGCAGCAGCAGCAGCAGCAGCAGCAGCAGCAGCAGGGCGGAGCGGGCGACAGCAGGGACUCUGAACCCUACAGAGCAGAAGAGGCACUCAAGACAUUGGCGUCCCUGAAGCAGGUGCUGCUGGCCCAGCUGAUGGCCCAGGAGGAGAGCGGGCGCGGGGGGGGCAGCCGGGCCUCGUCCGGGAGCCGCCUGCUGCGCACCACCUCCCUGCGCACCCCCGCCGCCGACUCGCCCACCAGGGCGGCGAUGGAGAACGGCUCGGGGAGGGCGGCGGACGGCCGUGCGGUGGAGCGAGGCGGAGGAGGCAAUCCCCAGGACAUGGCGUCGGGGGACACGGGCUUCUUCGAGGCAGCCGAGGACUACGCAGCGUACCUGGUCCUGGAGGGCUUCGGUGGUUCGGGUGAGAGCAGCACGGAUGACGAGAUGGCCAUGGGCAUGGGGAUGGGUAUGGGCAUGGGCAUGGGCGCCCUGGGCGUGGGUGCCAAGGGCGGCGGUGGGGGCGGGGGCCUGGCGCUGUCCCGGGGCUGCGUGGGCGACUCGGGCAUCAGCCUGCGCUGCCCCUCGGGAUACCCCACCGCCAGCAUCUCCACCUUCAGCCGACAGGUGUUCACGCACCUGCGCAGCCUCCAGGCCAGCCUCAACCACCUCAAGGACAUGGAGACCAAGUACUUCACUCUUCUACGCCAAAGGCAAGCUGGCUCCUCGGAGGAGACGGAGGAGGCCAAAGAUAAGAGAUAGUGCUGCCCACCACUCAACACCAUGACAACCUGAGAAGCAGAAGAAGAAGAAGAAGAAGAAGAAGAAGAUGAUCUCCUCUUCAACACUGGGCCCUCUCUUUACCUCUCACGGUCUCUCUCUCUCUCUCCCUCUCUCUCUCUCUCUCUCUCUCUCUCUCUCUCUCUCUCUUUCUCUCUCUCUCUGUCUCUCUCUCUCUCUCUCUGUCUCUCACACGCUAUCACUCUACCUUCCCUUGCUCCUUUCUCUCUCUUUCUCUCUUCUCUCUUCUCUCUCUCUCUCUCUCUCGUCUGCGUGACACUUCUCAUCUGCAGUUCUCUCUUCAUCCGUCAGACCUCUGUCAUCUGCCUCUUCACACUAUACGACUAGGAGUCUUCAUAGGAGCGAGAGAGAGAGAGAUAUGGAGAUGGAGGUGGAGGUGGAGAAUUAGGGACGAGAAAAGAGGAGAAGAGAAGACCAAGAGAACGACGUAAAAGAAGAAUAUAGAAGAAGAUGAAGAGGAAAGGGAGGAAUAAAUGUGGACUGUUUUUCUCCCUCCUCUCAUGCAAAAGACAAUCAGGGAUGAUGGACCUGUUCCCAGACAACCCCCGACCCGCCCCCGCCCCAAAAAGGCCAACCUUCUCUAACCCCACACCACCCCACCCCCACCCCCA